UUUGUCCUCUGGGGUGAUCUGUCAAGCCUCCAGAGAAGCCUGUGCCUGCCGCCCUGGUGCUGUGGAGCCAGGUCACUCCAGGAGGUGAUGGAGAUUCCUUCAUUCCUACCCAUGCCUGCUGCUGAGAGGAUCUGGGCUGACUGCACACUCUGCCGUCCUUUGGACCACAUGCUACUGUGGACAGCUCUGCUAUUCCUGGCUCCUGUUGCUGGGACACCUGCAAAUCUCCCAAAAGCUGUGGUGAGCCUUGAGCCCCCAUGGAUCAAUGUGCUCCGGGAGGAUACCGUGACUAUGAAGUGCCAGGGGGCCCACACCCCUGGGAACGACUACACCCAGUGGUUCCAUAAUGGGAGCUCCAUCAGAACCCAAGUCCAGCCCAGCUACAGCUUUAAGGCCAGAAACAACGACAGCGGGGACUACAGGUGCCAGACGGGCCAGACCAGCCUCAGCGACCCUGUGCAUCUGGAUGUGAUUUCCGACUGGUUGCUGCUCCAGACCCCUCACCUGGUGUUCCAGGAGGGGGAGCCCAUCCUCCUGAGGUGCCACGGCUGGAGAAGCAAGCCUCUGUACAAGGUCACAUUCUUCCAGAAUGGAAAAUCCAAGAAGUUUUCCCAUCUGAAUUCCAGCUUCUCCAUCCGACAAGCAAACCUCAGUCACAGUGGCGAGUACCACUGCACGGGAGUUAUAGGGCAAAUGCUGCACACGUCACAGCCUGUGAACAUCACUGUCCAAGGUGAGAACUCUGUCAAGAUGGAAGGAGGGGAGGACUCUUCACUGGUGGUGAUAAUCGUGUCUGUGGUCGCCGUGAUCACUGCAGUGGCCAUUGGUGCUGCCGCAAUAGGCUGGUUCCGCCUCAGGAAAAAGCAGAUCUCAGCUCUCUCAGGAACCCCUGAGCACAGGGAUAUGGGAGAGACUCUCCCUGAGGAACCAGCCAAUUUCACUGAUGCUGAAGAGGCUGACAAAACUGAGGCUGAGAAUACAAUCACCUAUUCACUUCUCUUGCACCCAGAAGCUCUGGAGGAAGAAACAGAGCCCCCAGAUUACCAGAACAUUUAGUCUUUGUUGUUUUGCCCGAGACUGGCAGAAGAAAACCAGAGAGGCCAGGAUCUGGUGUCUUCUGAAUUCUCCUUAGGGAGGCCAAGAGGAUGCUGCAGUUCCGAAGGAGCAGGACUCUUCCAGAGUUAUCUACAUGAAUUCUAAAGCUCCCUGUCCUAAAAGCCAUAGACAAUAUGGCCCUAGAUGACUGACUGUGCUGAUUCCUUCUGUGCCUUAGCACUUCUCGCCAUCAAGACUCUUCUGUUAUACGUCCACACAGCCAAUAAAAAUUACUCUUAUUAAGAGAUUGUAGCAACAUGGGAAAUGCUUAUGUGUUACAUGAGAAAAAUUAUGUAAGUGUAUAUGAUUUCAGAAUUGUUGAAACAGACUAACAUAUGCUAACGUAUUAAAAGUGAUUGUUU